AUGGCGACGGCAGCGUCAAAGGAGCAACAGCAGAAGACCAUCAAUGUCCUUACUGCCGCGGCUCCGCUACAGAACUAUGAGUUCGACUUCGGCAUCGGAGGAGCGCCGGGCAAGGCAGCGGGGGCCAGCCUCAAGGACCAGCGCAGCGGCUACUCCCUCGCCUCUAGCCCUGCUCGAUCCCUCACCUUCCCUCCCCUUGCACUCGCUUGCCACUACAAAUUUUCCCCCUCGGUCCCUCCAUCAACCUCCCCCGCCCCGUCCUCUCUCCCCAUUCCUCCCCCCGCUUUACGGGCAUCUCCGCAGGUAUCAAAGGGCGGGGACUUAGCCUCAAUGCUCCUCGGCUCUUCCUCCUCCCCCUCCCCAGUCACCGCCGCCCCCAAAGCCCCCGCCUACUCAGGCCCCCCCACAGUAGCCCUCUCCCCCACCUUCACCCCCGCGCCACCCCCCUGGCUGCUCACCCCAUCCGCCCCCGCGCCCACACCGUCCGUCUCUGGCGUCUACUCCGUCACCAUCCCGCCGCCCGUCUCCAUCCAAGCCUCUUUCAAGGAAGCCCCUCCUACCGGCGUUCCCGUUGCCGGCGCUGCCGCCGCUGCUGCUGCUGGUGGUGGUGCAGCGGGAGCAGCUGUAGGCCCAGGGGCGCUGGGGCUGGCAGGAGUGGGAGCAGCGGGGGCGGGGGGGAAGGGGGCGGCUGGGGGAGGCGGGAUGGGCGGGCUGGCUGCCACGUGGACAGCCUCUCCCUUGGGAUCCACGAGCAGCAAGAAGCCAGACGCUCUCUCUGACCUCUGGAGCACCGUUGCAUCUGGCGCUGCUGCUGGCGCUGCUGCUGGCGCUGGCACUGGCGCUGGCACUGGCGCUGGCACUGGCGCUGGCACUGGUGGUGGCACUGGCGCUGGCACUGGUGGUGGCACUGGCGCUGCAGCAGCAGCAGCCGGAGGGGACCUGCUGGGGGGAGAUCUGCUUUCAGUCUUGGGCUCAUCCGUGCCUGAUGCAGCUUCAGCUUCUGCUGCUCCUGCUGCCGCUGCUAGUCCAAUGGACCCUGUGGGGGGCCUGCUGUGA